ACAAAAAAAGUGAACAUCAUGUUGCUAAUUCUUGUCUACUCUCAGAAAGAAAGGAAAGUGGUGGGCUGCUCGAAGGGCUGAAUCUCUCGAAUUUCGAGUGUUCCAUGGCAUCAAUGACUGAAAUUCGAGAUUUUCGGAUAUUUGUUGCAACCUGGAAUGUGGGAGGGAGGACACCCAACAGUGACAUGAACUUGGAAGAUUUCUUGCUAAUGGAACACUCUGCAGAUAUAUAUGUUUGUGGGUUUCAGGAAAUUGUUCCACUCAAUGCUGGAAACAUUCUAGUAAGUGAAGACAAUGAGCCUGCUGCAAAAUGGUUGGCCCUUAUAAACCAAGCACUUAACAAGCCACAUCUCAGUUCUAUUAAUUCGACUCCGGACUCUGGCAAUGAUUUGAAAAACUCCAAUACUAAUGUCUCCAAGGAGUCGAAAUCUCCGACCAACGCUCAUAUUUUCGACAAACCUGUGCUCAAAGUCCUGAAUAAGAAUUUCAGGGCUGGGAGUAGCCUUCUCAAGACUUGCAACUGUCCUGCUGAUUCCACAAGUGGGGAGAAUCGAAGGAAAAAUACGGUUCAAGAUUUAGCAAAUGAACUAGACCUUGGUUCGAGAUAUAAUAUCGGUGAGUUGGUUUCGCUCUCUGAUAUGUUCCCACUUUGUUCAAUUGAGGAGAUGAAUUACCGCCUUAUAGCGAGCAAACAGAUGGUUGGACUGUUCCUAUCGGUGUGGGCUAGAAAGGAGUUGGUGCCGUAUAUUGCUCAUGUCAGAGUAUGCUCUGUAGGAAGAGGAAUAAUGAAACGCCUUGGUAACAAGGGAUGUAUAGCGGUAAGCAUAUCGUUGCACCAAACGAGCUUUUGCUUCGUAUGCAGUCACUUAGCUUCCGGUGAGAAAGAAGGCGAUGAGAUCAAGAGGAAUGCUGAUGUUUCUGAGAUCCUCAAAGGCAUACAGUUUCCCAUCAUUUGCAAAACUCCGAAUCAUUUAGCCCCAGAGAAAAUUAUUGAGCAUGACCGAGUAAUAUGGCUCGGGGAUUUGAAUUAUCGGGUAGCGUUAAGCUAUGAAACAACCAAGAGCCUGUUGGAGGAUAAUAACUGGGACACCCUUCUGGAGAAAGAUCAGUUAAAUAUGGAGAGAGAAGCUGGGAGAGUAUUCGAUGGUUUCAAAGAGGGACGGAUACUCUUUGCUCCUACUUACAAGUAUUCACAAAAUUCGGACUCAUACGCCGGAGAAAAUGGCAAAUCCAAGAAGAAACGCCGAACGCCUGCAUGGUGUGAUAGGAUACUAUGGCGAGGUUCUGGCAUCGAUCAAUUAUCUUAUAUUCGUGGAGAAACAAGAUUUUCUGAUCACAGACCUGUUUCUUCUCUCUUCUCUGUCGAGGUACAAGUAAAAAGGAAACACGAUACCAGAUUCAGGAAAGGUUAUUCCUGUGGUGUCAGGAGAUUCGAGUACGACGCAUGUAUACCUCGAAGGCAUAGUUUCUAUGAUUACUAACUGAAAACCUUCAAUUUGUUUAUUUUGAUUUAUAGAUCAUUAAGUUUUUCACUUGUA